CAAAGUGUAGUUUUAUGCUUUAAGUCCUUUUACGCACUGAAUCUGUGCGUAAAAGAGGCAAAUAUAUCAGGCCCGUCUUCUUCCCCACUGGUCCCACCGAAUUCGGAAAAAAAAAAUGAAAAUCAACCAUUAAAGGUCCCUUUCCGAGGUCCCACGCGAUCAAAAACAUCGUUUUCUUGUUGAUUUCCAACCCAAAAGUGGUAUAUUGAAGUCCAGGAAUAAGUUUCUUCGCAAUAAAGCAGCGUAUCAUUCAAUUCAAAAACUCAAAAUCAAAGCUUCAAUCUAGGUAUUUCACUACGAUUUUUCUAUUACAUUAUUAACCUAAGCGUUACUAUUUGGACAAAAAAAAUACUUUUAUGCACUUUUUUUGUGCGCAAAAGGGCUGUUUUCAGCCCGUUUUUAAUUUUUUUUAAUUUUUUUUCCUUCAUUUGUUGGUAAUUGUUUAUUUAUUAACCUAAGCAUUACUAUUGUGUGAAUAUGGACAAAAAAAAAUUACGCACUUUUUUUGUGCGCAAAAGGGCUGUUUUCAGCCAGUUUUUUCAUUUUUUUUAAAUUUUUUUUUUAUUUGUUUAGUUGUUGUUAAUUUGUUAAUUGUUUAUUAGUUGCUUAUUUAGUAUUUGGUAAUUGUUAGAUUAGUUAUUUCAAUUGUUAGACUAGCUAAUUAUUUAUUUAGUUUUUGUUAAGCCAAUAGUUUAUUUGUUAAUAAUUUGUUAAUUAUUUGAUUAGUUAGUUUCUCGCUUUAUUUAAUAAUUAUAUGCUAAUUAAUUUUUUAUUAUUUGAUUAGUUAGUUAAUUGUUUAUUUAUUAAUUAUAUGCUAAUUGUUUGCUAACUAAUUGUUAAUUUUUUGAUUUGUUAAUUAUUAAUCUUUAUAUCUUUAAUUGUUAAUUUAUUUAUUUGCUAAUUAGAAAUUGAAAAUCCUUAGUUUAGGAUUCAAUCCUUUGUAUAAUUUCUCGGUAAAAGAUUACAUAACUAAUACUACGUAUUAGAGAUUAAUUAAAAAAAUAAUGAUUAAUUUAAAAUGCGUAAAAAAUAUACCACUUUAAUCCUUACUUCAUGUAUUAAUGAUUAAUUUAAAAUGCCUAAAAUAGAUAGGACACCACCAUGGAGCCGUGACCCUUCGACAACAGAGAUGUACUUUAUCUACGGCAUGAGCAUAGGUCCCAGUAUGUAUGAGAUGCACCGGUAUCCUCUAGUAGAGUGGUCCGUACCCGUUUGGGGGAGUCAGCAUGGGAUAUUCUAGAGGUUAUUCCCCCACAUCCCCGUGUCAUAGAUAUACUACGUCGGGGCGGUAUCUACCGGUGCAUCGAGGUUGGUCGGCUUGUGCACGAUAGGGCUCUAGUGAUGGCUAUGAUUGAGCGCUGGCGACCGGAGACCCAUACAUUUCAUCUCCGCACUGGCGAGGCUACCAUCACCCUGCAGGAUGUCGAGGUGAUUUAUGGUCUACAGAUUGAUGGACAGGCAUUAUAUAGAGUGGAGCCUCCGUAGAUGCUGCCGUAUCGCCAGAAGAUGGCUAGGCUCACUGGUUUCGAGCCUCUACAGAGGGAUAUGCGUAGACGGAGUCGGUUGUUGCGGUCCUCCCUCCAUGCUCACUUGCGCCUCGUAGAUCUGCAGCAUUCGAUUGGCGAGGCGACGCCUCAGGCUGAUGUUGACCGACGUGCUCGCUUAUAUCUUCCCAUCAUAUUCGGGGGCAUCAUGUUCCCGAACACGUCGGGUGCAGAUAUGAGCCUUAGGUAUCUGCUCUUUAUUGAGGACCUAGACCAGCUGGGAUGUUAUAGUUGGGGCGCCGCUGUCCUGGCUUACAUGUACAGAGGAUUUGAUCGAGCCUCUAUGGGCGAGAGGGUUGAGGUCGCUGCAUUUAGCCCUCUUCUUCAGAUAUGGGUGUGGACUAGGUUGAGACCUUUUCAGCCCAUAGCUGCUCACCCUCCCGAUGACUACGUUGCUGAGGAUGUGCCAUACGCGCGGAGAUGGUCGCAAAGCCGUACCAGAGGUAUGGAGACGCACCAUGUCAUUCUCCCGUUUAGGGAUUAGUUAGAUCGCAUGACGGCGCCCGAGGCUUUCAUAUGGACGUCGUAUGAUCAGAUUUUGGGUCAGCUGCCGGCGUUUUGUAGGGCUGGUGAGCACAUGUGGACUGCACGGUGUCCAUUGAUCCAUAUGGAUAUCGUUGAGCAUCACGCACCCGACCGCGUAUUACGGCAGUUUGGGCAUGUGCGGAACAUACCCGCGGCUACACAAUGGGAGCACUACCACUACACCAGGGACGAGCAUUCGAUCGACAGUGCGGCAUGGCGGGCGCGUAUGCACCAGAAGUCAAUGUAUGGAAUGCGAGGAUGACGACUCUAGUGGCGGUCGGACAUGACACUCCGGUCCAUGAGUACAUGACGUGGUACAUGCAUAUCACUCGCUCAUUGAUUGCUAACCCCUCGACGCCGCAUCCUGAUGGCCGAGGAUAUGCAUCACUCUCAGGAGCGUAUGAGGCGCUGGUAAGUUUAUUCAAUCGUCGUCUUAUGAUGUAUUACUUUACGAAUUUAUUCAAUUCUUAAAAUUUGCAAAUAUAUGCAGCUACGGAUGACUCUGAUGAUACGCCAUGAGAUCAUUCCCCUUACGGAGUCCACCGACCCCGGGAUAGCGGCAUAUGCAGCACGGAUAAUUCAUCUUACCGACACUAGUAUGACACAAGCACAGGGGUGGCAUCGUGUCGAUGAGGAUAUACCAGAGGGUGUUCUUGAGGGUGGUAGGGCUGAUAGAGGUGGGCGGGCUGAUAGAGGUGGUCGGGCUGGCAGAGGUCUAGUAGAUGAGCCUGACGAUAUAGCCCGUCAGGCUCCGUCGGCUUCAUAUACCCCUUCUUCUUCCAGGCCGUCGACUUCACAGAGACCUGGAUAUACGCCAGAGAAGUUCCCACAUUAUGAUCCUUGGUCAUCAUUUCCACAGGUGCCAGUUGGUGAUCUACAUAUGGGAGGCGGAGAUGAGGACUUGGAUAUUAUUUUCGAUGACUACUUUAUUUAUUCUACAGUCGGGCCUACGGCACCAUCUGUAUCUCCGGCUCCGCGGGCCGCUCAGGAUCCCUCUCACAUGCCAUCUCAGGAGCCCGUCGACACACAGGUUCAUUCUUCUGCGCCUAUGGACCCGUCUCCGCCUGUCCAGAUUGACCCGUCUCCACCUCCAGCUACCGCUCUGGGUAGCGCUCAGGAGACCGUUGAGGAGCUAGCUAAGGAGCCCUCUGACCAGCUAUCUCAGGAGGUCGUCGACACAUAG